GUUCGAAUCCGGUAGAAAGAUCAAAUAGUCCAUGUCGAUAGCAGUGACCCCUCAUCCCCCACCUGCACACUCAUCACCUCACUCUCUCUCCAACCCCCACUCUCUCUCCUUCCUCCUCCAUCAACGCCCCCCUCUCUCUAUCAUCCACCAACUCCACGCCCACACCAUCACCUCCACCAACCCACAAAACCCCACCUCCACCUCUCUCUACAACUCCCUCCUCCGAGCCUACUCUCGCAGUCCCUCUCCUCUCACUACUUUCUCUCUCUACAAUUACAUGCUCACAAAUGGCACUCCCCUCGAUCACUACACUCUCCCCUUCGUCAUCACCGCCUGUUCUUUUCUCUCCUCUUUACCCCAUGGUCUCCAACUCCAUGGUUGUGCUAUGAAGCUUGGCCUCUUCUCUGAUCUAUAUGUUCAAACCACUUUACUGAACAUGUAUGCGUCAUGCUCUACAAUGGAUUGUGCAUGCCAAUUGUUCGAUAGAAUGGAGCAAAGAGAUUUGGUGUCCUAUAAUGCUAUGAUUGCUCAAUUGGCUCGAGCAGGGCUACCAAAAAUGGCUCUUGAGAUUUUUAGAGAGAUGGUUUCUAAUCGGUUGGUGAACCCUGAUGGUGCAACCAUGGUCGGGGUUUUGCUGGCAUGUGCUCAAGUGGGUUCUGUUAAGCUUGGCAUGUGGGUUCAUGGGUACUUGGCUAAAAUUGGUGGUUUUGAUUCUAAUGUGGUUUUGAGCAAUGCAUUGGUGGAUAUGUAUGCGAAAUGCGGCGAUGCAAUUAGUGCCCGUAAGGUUUUUGAUAAGAUGAAUACACGAGACGGGGUGUCCUGGAACACUAUGAUAUCCGGGUAUUCGAAGAAUGGGUGUUUUCUUGAGACUUUGGACCUUUUUAGGGAGAUGCUUAGAGAAAGAGUGAGAGUAGAUGAAGUCACAAUUGUGGGUGUUCUCUCUGCUUGUUCUCAACUGGGUGCGCUCGAAUUGGGCGAUUGGAUUCAUACAUAUAUGGAGAAGCAUAAGCUCAAGUAUAAUGUAAUUGUAUGCACUAGCCUCAUCAAAAUGUACGCCAAGUGCGGAAACAUCGAUAAAGCUUACGAAAUCUUUUCCGGGUUACCCUGUAAAGAUGCCUUGGUUUGGAAUGCCAUGAUCGGUGCCUUUGCUAUGCACGGCCAUGCUUGUAAGGCUCUAUCAUUGUUCGAAGAGAUGCAUGCAUCUGAUGUGAGGCCAACACCAGUUACUUUUGUCGGUGUUCUUUGUGCAUGCAGCCAUGGUGGUUUGGUCAACGAGGGCCGAAAGUACAUGCAUGACAUGGUUAACAAACAUGGCAUCAAGCCUAACAUUAAGCAUUAUGGAUGCAUCGUUGAUCUAUUGGGUCGAGCAGGGCUCUUGGAUGAGGCCCAAAAGCUGGUAGAAAGCAUGCCUAUUGAGCCUGAUGCUGUUCUUUUAGGGGCUCUCCUAAGUGCUUGUAAGGUUCAUGGCAAUGUAGAGUUAGGUGAGAAAGUGGGAAAAAGAGUGCUUGAAUUGGACCCGCAUAACAGUGGAAACUAUGUUCUUCUUUCAGGGAUUUAUGCUCGUAGUGGGAGAUGGGAGGACGCUGCGGAAGUUCGGAAAAUGAUGAAUGAUAAUGGGGUUAAGAAACAACCUGGAUUGAGUAGAAUUGAGGUGGACAAUGUGGUCCAUGUGUUUUCCAUGGCCGAUUGGUCUCACCCAAUGUCUGAGGAUAUCUAUUCGAAGGUAGAUGAAAUGGUGGAGAGGUUGAAAUUAGCUGGCCAUGAACCUAACACCAACGUGGUGCUUAUAGAUGUAGAGGAGGAUGAGAAGGAGCAAUUGUUGGGGCUUCAUAGUGAGAAGUUGGCCUUGGCCUUCGGAUUGAUAAGCGUAAAGGAUUCACAGCCCAUACGCAUUGUAAAAAAUCUAAGGGUGUGUGAUGAUUGUCACUCUGCAAUCAAGCUUGUAUCAAAGAUAUAUUCUCGAGAGAUAAUUGUUCGAGAUCGGCUUCGGUUUCACCAUUUUAGAGAAGGUCAGUGUUCUUGUGGGGAUUAUUGGUGAAAGGCCAAGUUUUGGGGCAACCGAAUUUGUGUUUUUUUACUGUAAUUUUAAGGAAUACUCUGUAGUACAAUUCAGAGCUUCCUGUUCAUGUUGCCAUCUGAGGAUAGCACUUCAUUCACAGAAACUGUAAUUUAAUGAAUACUCGCAAUUUAUUUUGGAUAUUGAGAUGUUUAAUGCUGUCAUUGGGCUUUGUAUAUACUCAUCAUCAUCAUGGUUUUUUUU